AUGAAUUCCGCUUCCAAUUCUUAUGGAAAUUGCUUGCUUCUUCGCCUUUUUGUUACUUGCUGGACCAUUGACAAAACGGUCUAUAUCAUUGCAUCGGUCUAUCGCAAGUGUAAAGGUUACGAACUCACACGAAGAAAAGGCUUACAGCAUCAGUACAUCAGAAACAAGAAUAAACCCUUUGAUAUGGUUAAUGAGUUAACAGUUACAAAGAGUAAAGACGUAAUACUAACCAUUAACAUUUCUUAUAACGUGAGAAUAAGGAAAUGUCUUAGCCAACUUUUUGUUCGCAUAAAACUCAACUGGCCUAUAUGUAAAUAUCGUAAUAACAGCAGAAAUGAGCUUAGAGUCAAUGUAUACAAAUUUAGUAUACAAAGAUUUUCCAAGGCCUCUUUGAAAAGGCCAACUUGCCUUGAAAGGCUUUUGAUGGUGGUCAAAGUCAGCGAAAAAGAAUUGUAUGAGAAGAAUUAG